GCGGUUUUGAAUAAAUUUCCAUUUUCACAUAAAUAAAAAAUCAUAUUUGUAAACAUAUUACGUAAGUCAUUAUAAAAAGCAUUAAAUAUUGAUUUACAUGCUAUUUUCAUUUCGUGCAUACAUAGAGACGGAUGUGUUAUAAAAUGCUUGCCGGUUUUAGAUUAAGUUUCUUAAUUGUUAUGUUUUCAAGUAUAUCCUUUGAGCGGCCUUUAAUAACAUGGGAAGUUUUGGUGGCAGAUAAUCAACACUGUUAUGUACCACUUAAAUAUAUAAGCGGACCGGAGUUUGAUUGUCACAAAACUGACUACCAAGAGGAUUCAUAUAAUGAAACGCACGUGUCAUUCCAUAUAAAUAGCAUUGCUCAAUGUGAUGCUCUAAUUGAUAAUGUAAUAAAGGCAGCUCUCAAUUGUUAUACAGUACAACCAUCUGUAGUGACAGCACCUUCAUUGAGCGGGACCAGUCUUAAAGGAAAGCUUCUUAAAAAUAACGAAACCUUUAACUAAACUUAUUAACUUUAACUUAUUAUAUCUUUUACCAAUACAAUACUUUUAUAAUAUACAAAUAUUUUAUUAAAUUUCGCC